AUGCACUUCUUACGUUUUGGGACUCUCUUCCUCAGCGGCAUAUCAACCAGCAUUGCCGUGUCUAACAGUAACUGCUCGAACUCUACCGACAUCCAAGUUGUCCAAUACGCCUCAGCUAUCCAGGCCUACAGUUAUCUCUUCUACUCCUCCAUCCCAUUGAAUCAGACCUUCUUCUCCAAUGCACCAAACAGCUCCAAUGCAAACUAUUAUAUCAACAUCCGGCGUAUGGCACAACAGAACUACAGGGGCGCUCUGCUCGUCGAGAGCGUUGGCUCCAACAUCACGGGUUUCCAAUCUCCCAAGUGCAACUUCACAAGUCUCUCCCCUACGAAUGCUACGGAAUUCUUGGACGAAACCCUUUAUCUAGAAACCAGUUUGACAGGUGCUUUUCUUGGAUUGUCUAGAUAUACACAGACAACUGAGAUCUCAGAACUCAUUAACUGGCUGGCUGUUCAGCAUGGCACCCAUUCCACCUAUAUCGCAAGCUUCAGCCAACCCGGUAUCUUCCCACCCAAUGGUACCUCAUUCGUGCCCAUUCUUCCUUCUGAGCAUGUUCUCGGCACCGGAAAUGAGCCAUACAUGCUGGGCCAGCUCCUAGGAACGUGUGUGACUGCGCUAAAGGGGCCUUGCAGUUAG